AUGGGAGGAAGAGGUGGCGAUCCCCAAACAGGGCCGCUGCUGGAGAAGCUCCCGGAGUCCUCUUGCAGUUCAUCCGAGCCCGAGGAGCAUCCGGUCAAACGAACUGGCACGGUAUGGACGGCGUCCGCGCACAUCAUCACGGCGGUGGUCGGCUCCGGCGUGCUGUCGCUGGCGUGGAGCGUGGCUCAGCUCGGCUGGGUCGGGGGGCCGGCGGCCAUAGUGUUCUUCGCGGGGGUCACCGUGGUGCAGUCCUCCCUGCUCGCCGAAUGCUACGUUUCUCGAGGAGAUCCGGAGCGUGGCGGCCUCAUCAGGAACAAGUCUUACAUGAACGCCGUGAGGUUUUACCUAGGUGAGAAGAGGCAGAUGUUCAGCGGAUUUUUCCUUAGCAUCAGCCUGUUUGGGAGCGGCGUGGUGUAUACUCUCACCACAGCCACUAGUAUGAGGGCGAUUCAUGAAGCGAACCGCUACGGCCGGGAAGGCCAGGGCGCACCGCUCUCCACCGCCGCCGCCGGUGGCUCAGACGUCUACUACAUGCUCCUGUUCGGCCUCGCGCAGGCAGUGCUGUCGCAGAUACCGGACUUCCACAACAUGGCGUGGCUCUCCGUCUUCGCCGCCGUCAUGUCCUUCUUCUACUCCUUCGUCGGCUUCGGCCUCGGCGCCGCCAAAGUGAUCGAAAAUGGGGUGAUCAAGGGGGGAAUCGGAGGCAUUCCCCUGGUAUCCCCGGUGCAGAAGGUGUGGCGCGUCGCACAGUCCCUCGGGGACAUCGCCUUCGCCUACCCUUACACCUUGGUGCUUCUGGAAAUAGAGGACACGCUGAGGUCGCCGCCGGCGGAGAGCAAGACGAUGAAGAAGGCGUCGAGGGCAAGCAUCGCGGUCACCACCUUCUUCUACCUCGGGUGCGGGUGCUUCGGCUACGCGGCGUUCGGCGACGGCACGCCGGGGAACCUCCUCACCGGCUUCGGCGAGCCCUACUGGCUCAUCGACCUCGCUAACCUCUGCGUCGUCCUCCACCUCCUCGGCGGCUACCAGCUGUACAGCCAGCCGGCGUUCGCCGUCGUGGAGCGGCGGUUCGGCGUGGAGGCCUGGGUCGUCGAGGUGGAGCUGCCGCUGCUCGGCUGGCGGCGGCGCGUGAACGUGUUCAGGUUGUGCUUCCGCACGGCUUACGUGGCGGCGGUGACGGCGGUGGCUGUGUGGUACCCCUACUUCAACCAGGUGGUGGGGCUCAUCGGCGCCUUCACCUUCUGGCCGCUGGACAUCCACUUCCCCGUCCAGAUGUACCUUGCGCAGAACAAGGUGGCGCCGUGGACGACGCGGUGGCUCGCCAUUCAGGCCUUCAGCGCCACCUGCUUGCUCGUCGCCGCCUUCGCCUCGGUUGGCUCCGCCGUGGGGGUGUUCGGCCCCAACAGAAGCUAG